UAAAAAUUUCAAUUAACAUGCCGAAAAAAAAUAAGUCAGUGAAGAAGAAAAAACGAUUUGAAAUGUUGCAUAGCAAAUAUGGUGAAUUGGAAAAGUGUGCCGAGAUGAAUGAAGCUGAUAUUCCUAUUGAUAUACACAUAUAUAAACUGCAUGAUUGGUUGGUCAGCAGAAAAAUUGGCCCAAAGAAUAUACAAAUGCAACUAAAGGAUAUCCGUAACAAGAUAACAAAUGCUUUAAAGGAUAUGCCUUCAAAUGAACAACUAAUAAAGUUGUUAACCGGAACAAAUAUUAACUAUUUUCACUGCAAGCAAAUUGUGGAAAUUCUGACAGAAACUGAAAAGGGUACGAAAAACGUAUUCGGUAGUUAUGGCAGUCAACGCAUGAAGGAUUGGCAAGAAAUUGUGCGAUUGUAUGAGAAGGAUAAUAUUUAUCUAGUUGAAACGUCACAAAUUUAUGUACGUAACAAUAAUUAUGAAAUACCUGGCCUUAAAAAGCAGAUGAUUAAGUUGGAGCAACAAGCUGAUGAAUGCUUAAAACGAAUACAAGAUCUUGCUAAGCCUGAAACUCAAAUACAGGCAGAACAUACUGCGCUUCUACAACAACUUGGCGUAAAAGGGUUAAAUUUACAGGAAGAAUUUAUAAAUGUACUAAACACAUUGCCUGAAAUUUAUCAAAAAUCUAUUCGUAAUGUAAAUAAUAUAGAAAAUGCCAUAGAUUUAUAUGCAGACUGUUCAGAACAGAAGGUAUGUUUACCUCUACUUAAACACUUAGUUGAAUUUGGAAACACAACGAUUUACCAGUAUAUACAUAAAGAGGCUCCAUUAUCUGUUGAGGAGCCAGUUCUAAAGUUAAACAUAACAAACAGAAACUCUUCAAAUUCUGGCGUUGCAACCGAAAAUGAAAUUGAUUUUGGUUGCGACGAUAAUGGCGGAACUUCUUCAACUAUUUCUGCUGAAAUUAUCGAUUUCGGAGACUUAAAUUUAGAAAACAAUACGGUAAAUUAUGAUUUAAGUGAAACAGAAGGUGCAGAAAUCGAUUGGGGUAUUGAAACCAGUGCAGCCGACAAUGUUGAAGUAAGUUUUGAUGUACCCAUCGAGGAGUAUGGAAUUGUUGUGGAAGGUGUUGGAAUGGAUGGUGGAGUAGCUAAAGGUGAACAAGCGUAUACAUUAUUGGAUGCGCCAAAUUACCGAAAUCGUAUUCUGGAUGAACUUUAUGAGCUGGAAGCGUAUUUGCGUAUGCGAUUGUUUGAACUAAAUCAGCUUGAUAAUAGUAAUAAUAUUAUGUUUGCUUUAUCCGACAAUAUAUCCACACAUGAUACUGAAAGUAUUGUCAAAAUGCUAAAAAAUGUUGACAUAAUUUUACAAGAAAUAAAUUGUGAACAAACACGUCAUCUCUUCCAAUUAAAGCAUUCCCCUAAAUAUGCAGAUUUGUUGGUUUCAAAAUUGGAUCAUAUGACAAAGGGUGUUGAAAAAAUACGUUCAACAAAAGAAACACUAAAAGACCAAGCGGCUGAACUAAAACAGCAACGCCUGGAAUUAACUCCGGUAUUAGCCGAAUUAACAAAACAAACAAAAGAUCUACAAUUCAAAAUUGAGAAAGAUAUCUCAAAACGUUAUAAAAAUCGUGUUGUUCAUCUUAUAGGUGGAAUUUAAUAAAAGUGAAGUGUUUAAAUAGUUAAUAAAUAUAAUACAAAUUUAAAUAAAU